UCCUUGUUCCGGUCUUGCAUAUCAGCUGCGUCCGUGCUGGUGUCAAGUACUAAAUUUAAUCUUGUUGUCAAGUUUCAUACUGUCGUUAACUUAUCCCCAUUAUUACGCCACAAUGUCUCUCGUUUUUCUUGGUUUCUUGGCACUUUCUUCUUUGGCACUUGCCGCCCCUAGGCAAGUCCCAGCUCUUGCUAAGAGAUGUGUCAAUAGUGCCUCGGACAGAUCCUGCUGGGGAGACUAUGACCUCUCUACCGACUAUUAUGACAUCGACGCGGUGCCAGACACGGGUGUGACGAGGGAGUACUGGUUCAACAUCAUCAACGGGACUGCUGCUCCCGAUGGUGUAGAGCGGACCGUUCUCACUAUCAACGGCUCAAUUCCUGGACCCACCAUCAUCGCGGAUUGGGGUGAUACAGUUGUUGUUCAUGUUACCAACUCAAUGGAAAACAAUGGCACUGGUAUCCAUUUCCACGGUAUCCGCCAGUAUGAAAACAGUCAGAACGAUGGCGUGCCCAGCAUUACCCAAUGCCCCAUCGCUCCCGGCAGUUCUCACACAUACACAUGGAAAGCGACACAAUACGGAAGUUCUUGGUAUCACUCUCACUACUACGUUCAAGCGUGGGAUGGAGUGUUUGGCGGAAUUUUGAUCAACGGCCCAGCUACUGCCAACUAUGAUGACGAUCUCGGCAACCUCUUCCUCAUGGAUUGGUCGCACAACACGGCGGAUCAGAUUCUCAUCUCAGCCACCUACAGCGACGCCGCAGUGGUCAUGCCAACCUCUCUCAUCAACGGCACCAAUGUCUACAACGACACUGACACUGGUGUGGAGACCGGAUCCCGCUAUGAGACGACAUUUGAGCCUGGCAAGAAGUACCGCCUGCGUCUUGUCAACUCUGCGGCGUCGAACCACUUCCGGUUCAUGAUCGAUAACCACAUGAUGGAGGUCAUCUCGGCAGACUUUGUGCCCAUCCACCCUUACAACACGACGCAGCUCAGCAUCGGCGCCGGCGAGCGGUACGACGUGGUGGUGACGGCGUCCGAGGCCAGCGGCAACUUCUGGAUGCGGUCGAUCCCGCAGCUGAACUGCACCAAGACGACCAACGUCGACGAUGUUCUCGGAGUCAUCCGCUAUACUUCGGAGAACGGCACCGUCCUCGAUGCCGACACCUUGCCCGUGACUGCUGCGUAUGAGUACACCGACUCCUGCGCCGACGAGGACCCAGCCAACCUCAUCCCCUACCUCCAGUCCGACCCCUCCGCCACCUACGACUACCGGGACGACGAGAAGACGGCCGUCAUCAACGGCGCCGAGGUGAGCUGGACCAUGGGCGGCACCGCCUUCUCGGUCGAGUGGGGCAACCCCUCCUUGCAGCAGGUCAUCGAUGCCGACGGCACCAAGAGCAACUGGACCACAGACCAGCACGCCCUGGUGCUGCCCGAGGCCAACCAGUGGGUGUACAUGUAUAUCCAGACCACCUCUGCCCAGGCCCACCCUAUCCACCUGCACGGCCACGACUUCUGGGUGCUUGCUUCGGGCUGGGGCAACGUCUCGACGGUCGACCUGGACCUGACGAUUACCAAUGCGCCGAGACGCGACGUGGCCAUGGUCCCGGGCGAUGGAUAUCUCGUCAUCGCCUUUGUGACGGACAACCCUGGUACCUGGCUUCUGCACUGCCACAUUGCAUGGCAUGCCUCGGAAGGCUUUGCGAUGCAAAUAAUCGAGCGUCAGUCGGCGAUCGUUCCGUUGAUUGACGACGCCGAUGUGGAGCAAUUGAACUCGACAUGCACAAACUGGGCUGCUUUUGCGGCUGCUGACGAUAUUGUGCAGUGGGACUCGGGAAUUUGAAAUAUAUGACGAGACGAUGCUACAUGAUUUUCAAGACACUACUAUAUUACUACUCUUACUAACGUGUAAACUUUAAUUACACUCUGUAUAUAUAACACAGUGUACAUAUAAUCUUAUUUUGAUGGACAAAUAUCAGUC